UACAGAUUUGUGUUUCUUUGUGUAGGCAAACUAUUGAAAUGGCUGCAAUUAAUAAUCCAAAUAUCGAUCUGCACAUUCCCAAGUGGAUAAAUGUGGAAUAUUUUCAUGAUAUUGUGGCAAAAGAUAUUCCCGAAAUGGAAUCAAUAGUGAAUUUUAUCCCAACAGCGGCAAUACCACCGGGUGAAAAUUUUACAUCGGUAAUGGUGCGUCUACAUUUUGAUUUGAAAAUGAAAGAUGGAAGCCUUAAAAACAAGACCUACAUUCUCAAAACCAUGCUGGAUGAUGACAAAGGUGGUGAACUUAUCAAUAAAUUAGCCUUGUUCCCCAAAGAAAUGCAAAUGUAUGGCGAAUUUUUGCCCGCUUUUGAAAAUCUCUACAAAGCUGCUCGCUGGAAUAUUCAAUUGGCCCCCAAAUGUUUGCUUACCGAGAAAAAAGACAAUCGAAUUAAUUUCAUUUUUGAAGAUUUGAGUGAGAGGAAUUUCCAUAAUGAGGAUCGUCUUAAGGGUCUUGAUAUGUUGCAAAUGCAGCAAGCCUUGCGAAAAUUGGCCGAAUUCCAUGCAGCCAGUGCAGUAUAUGAACAGGAACAUGGACCAUAUCCAGAGGAUUUUAAAUAUAGUUUUGUGGAUACCCGACACGAUUUAACAUAUCUGAAAUUUAGAUUUGAUGUAACCGGGACAAGCUAUAAAAAGGCAAUGGCUCAGUGGGGAGAAUGGGAUAAAGGAGAGGAAUAUAUCAAGAAGUUUCCCACUUACGAGCAAUACGAAAAAUGUGUUUUAGCUUCUUUGGAUAUACCUUCGAAUUCCUUUAAUGUCCUCAAUCAUUCAGAUUUCUGGUGUGGCAAUAUAAUGUUUUCCGAUGACUCUGAAGAACCCCUUUUAGUGGAUUUUCAGGGCUGCAAAUGGGGAAGUCCUGCCGUAGAUUUAUUAUUCUUUCUCACCUUGUCUCCUAGAGCCGAUUUACGUCUAAAGGAGUACGAUAAUUUUGUUGCCAUAUAUCAUGCCCGUUUGGUGGAAUGUCUCAAGAUACUGGGCUAUAACAAACUUCCCAUACCCACUUUGAGAUCCCUGCAUCAGGAUAUGUAUUCAAAAAGAAAUACAUUUUAUGCAUUUUUUGCUUGCUUUAAUCAUAUGCCCAUCAUGUUGUGGCCUACCGACAAAAAUUCGAGUAUUCAGAAUUUUAGCAGCCCCAAUGAGUUUGGUGAACAGUUGCGCAUGAAAGCCUAUACAAAUCCCAACUUUGUGGCCAUUAUAAAGGAUAUUUUUACAUUUUAUCAUCAACGUGGUCUAUUCAAUUUUGAGGAUUAUAAAUAA